AUGGAUCAACACAUUCAAGAUCUAAAGGAGUUUGACGACCAAAAAACAGGAGUUAAAGGGCUUGUAGAUUCAGGAAUCGCAAAAAUCCCAAAGAUUUUCAUUUGCCCACCCAAAAACCAUCACCAAACCAUUAAUCCCAUUGAUGGCAUGAUCAAAAGUCCUUUGAAACUGCCUAUCAUAAAUCUUGAUGGCUUUGAUCAGAAGGGUGAUGGUGGAAGAAGGGCUGAAAUCGUCGACGAGAUUCGCCGGGCGAUGGAGACGUGGGGUUUCUUCCAACUGGUGAACCAUGGAGUUCCGGCAGCCGUAUUGGCGGACCUGUUGAGAAGUACAAAGGAAUUCCAGGAGCAACCUCAAGAAGAGAAGAUGGAAUACUAUUCCAGGGAUCAUACCCGGAAAGUCAAAUAUUAUUCCACUGGAGAUCUAUAUCUAACCAAAACUGCUCAAUGGAAAGACACUCUUUCCUUUGAUUUUGAAGACACCACCAAAAUGGAGCUGGAAAGCUUGCCCCAGAUCUGCCGGGAAGAAAUUGGAGUCUACAUUAAUAGCUUGAACGACCUGAAAAAUGUGUUGUCGGAAUUGAUAUCGGAAGCUCUAGGGCUGGGAAGUGAUCAUCUUGAAAGUUUGGAAUGCUUAAAAAUUCGGAGGCUGUUAUGCCACUACUAUCCACCUUGUCCGGAGCCGGACUUGACCAUGGGUAUCUUGAAGCACUCAGAUCCAUACUUCCUCACCAUUCUCUUGCAAGACCACAUUCCUGGUUUCCAGGUUUUUCAUGACAACCAAUGGUUAGAUGUACCUCCUUUAGAAGGGUCGCUCUUAAUCAACGGUGGAGAUAUGUUACAGCUUAUCACGAAUGGAAAAUUCAAAAGCGUGGAACACAGAGUAAUUGCGGGAAGAGUUGGACCAAGAAUUUCAGCAGCAUGCUUUCUGUAUCCAAAUGGAAAGAACCAAAUCAAGCCAUAUGGUCCGCUGAAGGAGCUGGUUUCCGCAGACAAUCCUCCAAAGUAUAGGGAGACAAGUUUCUCAGAGUACGUUCAGUACUAUGCUUCCAGAGGUCUUGGAGCUGCCAAGGCCCUUGACCAUCAUUUCCAAUUCACAAAUAAAACCAACGGAAAAUAG